AUGGUUUUUACACUUAAUCAUAAUAAAAUUGAGAAUACUUCUUAUAUUGAUUCUAGUACAAUAAUCAAAUUUCUUUAGAUAUCACAUGAUAUAAAGUUUUCUGGAACAGUUAUACUCAAAACAAGACAAUUAGAAUCCUUCUUCUCAAGUAAGAUCUUUGAUCAGUUAAAAAAUUUGAUAUUUUUAUAGGCAAAGAAACGCAAAUUAUUUCAUUAAUUAAUUUUACAAAACCAAACAUCCUCAAUGUAGAAUUAUGCAUUUCCUUACCCAACAAUGUAUUGUUAUUAUCCAAUGCAAACUUGUACUCCCUACAUUGUCUAUCCAUAAUAAAUAGUUAUUUAAAGUUAAUUUUAGCCAAUUUAAUAAGAAGUAUCAAAUUAGAAGUGUUUUAAUAUCAUAACUAAACAACAUUUAGAGGAAACAAAACCUCCAGAAGUUUAAGAUAAUUACGAUUACAAUCUGGAUGAGGAAGAUUAAGAUGAAAAUGAUGAAGAUUAUAAAGUUAUGCAUUUAAACGAAAAUCUAGAGAAAAAUAAGUUAGUUAAUCAAUUGAAUGGUUCAACUAAUUUAUAGAAAAACUAUGCCAAGGCAAUCCUUCUAUAUAUUAAAUAACAGAAUCCAAUUAUUAUAAAGGAAUUAGGCUAAAAAAAAGCUAUUAUUUUUUAUAGAGUCAUUAACAAAAUCCAAAAUAAAAUCAGAAAUUUAACACAUAUAAGGAAAUAUACUAGAGAUGAAGAUUUCAUUAGACUUUUUAGAAUAUUAUGGUAAAAUAUUAAUUAAUAGUAUUUAGUAAUAAGUUUUUGAGAAAAGAUUGUGUUAGCUAUAUUUAUAACUCAAAAAUCUAAUAGAAAACCAGUCAUUUGAAAGGAAAACAUAUUAUUAAAAAAAAUCUAAUCAAAAUCUGA